AAGGGGGGGGAGACACUUUCGGCGCUAUCCAAGACUUGUCAAACACGGGGUUGCAAUCCACACCUCCUGCGUUAAACAACGAGCUAGGUUUUCUGUGCCUUACAUAGCCGCGAUGUGCGUCGUAGCACCCACGCAUGUGGCCAGUACCGCUGGUCUAGAAUCCCGAACACAAUGGCUGGAAUGGAAGUUGGGGCCCCUCGCUACGUACCACGCACUGUCAUUGCCCGCCCGCCACACGAUAUGCCGCGCCAGAUCCGUGACGGUGCAUUGGGUCCGCCUUGCAUCAGGUCAUUAUUCAUCCAAUUGAUUCUCACGUCGAAUCAUCAACAGACCACAUCAUGUCUCUCUCUCUCUCUCUCUCUCUCUCUUCGACCUGGCAAGAAUGCGUCCCUUUUCCGGGCAAACUCCCUGGCCUGUAUUUUCCGCCACAGACAACUCACGCCACACGCCAUUGAAAGGGUCUGGAAACUUCCCUUGAGUCAAGACCCUGGCUACCUGCUAACUAACCGCUUUCAACUUGCUCAACCGAUAACCGGCAUCCUAUUGAUUGUCGCCUCGUAUUGCCAGACGCCGAACCUACAUAAGGCAACCCCGCCGCUCGGUCGGUCAGCAAUUGCUGGCCAUCCUUCCCGUCUCUCGGGAAUAGUCGAUGAGUCGGUAAUGUACGCGUAGUCUGGCUGCCUCGUUCACCUGGGAGUGUAAUGGAGGUGGACGCACCUUGCACCAGUCCUCACGUACGAUGGUGAGCCACAGCCUCGGGUUGAGUUGCCCCUCGGACGGA